AUGUCCCCAAUGAAGGAGACUGCUUCUUUUGUCCUUCGAAGGCCACGCCUACCUUGUUGCCUGAAUAGGAUCUUCCAUGAGCUGGUGGCUGGAUUUAGCCCUGAGUUGGGGCUGGCACUGGGACGUUUGACUGUCGUGAAUAACUUGUCCACUCUUUACUGGAGGAAGCGCGUCAGCGCCUAUCUCAUGGUCACAGUGGACAGGCUCCCCUCUUGGCGUUUGACUGUCGUGAAUAACUUGUCCACUCUUUACUGGAGGAAGCGCGUCAGCGCCUAUCUCAUGGUCACAGUGGACAGGCUCCCCUCUUGGCCGGUGCAUCUGGGCCAGGCCCAGGCUGCCACCGCGCAGUUGUUGAUCACAGCAGUUGUAGCCUGGGAACAAGAGGGCUAUGUCUGGGCCGCCUGUGCCUCGGAAGAGCGCAUCAGCACUCAGCAUCCGAGCUUCUACACUGGCGUCUGCUGUCCAGGGUCGAGAAAUUCAUGUGGAUCUGAAGAUGCUCGUCUGCAGCCAGGCCAUUAUAAAAGGAAGAUGGACUCGACCAGGGAGAAUGUAACCCUAACGGAUCAGGAAAUUGAAGAAGCAGAACUGAGCGAUCAGCAGAAAGGCCGCCGUCUUUCCUCGCCUGGCUGGGCUGUGGAGGAUGGAUGGAUGAGAACUUUGAUCGGGGAUUUUGAAGAUGAGUUUUAUAUUGAAUGCUCUUUUUAUAACUAUGAUGCCAGAGGAGCAGAUGAACUUUCUUUACAGAUCGGAGACACUGUGCACAUCUUAGAAACAUAUGAAGGGUGGUACCGAGGUUAUACCUUAAGAAAAAAGUCUAAGAAGGGUAUAUUUCCUGCUUCAUAUAUUCAUCUUAAAGAAGCGAUAGUUGAAGGAAAAGGGCAACAUGAAACAGUCAUCCCGGGUGACCUCCCCCUCAUCCAGGAAGUCACCACGACACUCCGAGAGUGGUCCACCAUCUGGAGGCAGCUCUACGUGCAAGAUAACAGGGAGAUGUUUCGAAGCGUGCGGCACAUGAUCUACGACCUUAUUGAAUGGCGAUCACAAAUUCUUUCUGGAACUCUGCCGCAGGAUGAGCUCAAAGAACUGAAGAAGAAGGUCACAGCCAAAAUUGAUUAUGGAAACAGAAUUCUAGAUUUGGACCUGGUGGUUAGAGAUGAAGACGGGAAUAUUUUGGAUCCAGAAUUAACUAGCACGAUUAGUCUCUUCAGAGCUCAUGAAAUAGCUUCUAAACAAGUGGAGGAAAGGUUACAAGAAGAAAAGUCUCAAAAGCAGAACAUAGAUAUUAACAGACAAGCCAAGUUUGCUGCAACCCCUUCUCUGGCCUUGUUUGUGAACCUCAAAAACGUGGUUUGUAAAAUAGGAGAAGAUGCGGAAGUCCUCAUGUCUCUGUAUGACCCUGUGGAGUCCAAAUUCAUCAGUGAAAACUACCUGGUUCGCUGGUCCAGCUCAGGAUUACCUAAAGACAUCGACAGAUUACAUAAUUUGCGAGCUGUGUUUACUGACCUCGGAAGCAAAGACCUGAAAAGGGAGAAAAUCAGUUUUGUCUGUCAGAUUGUUCGCGUGGGUCGCAUGGAGCUGAGGGACAACAAUACCAGGAAACUGACUUCGGGGUUGCGGCGACCUUUUGGAGUGGCUGUGAUGGAUGUAACAGAUAUAAUAAAUGGAAAAGUAGACGACGAAGAUAAGCAGCAUUUCAUUCCCUUUCAGCCGCUCGCGUUGGACGACGCCAUUCGACACAAGCCGCUGAACAUGUCAUCCCGUUUUUCACCCAGGGUGGCAGGGGAGAAUGACUUCCUUCAGACUGUUAUAAACAAAGUCAUCGCUGCCAAAGAAGUCAACCACAAGGGGCAGGGUUUGUGGGUAACAUUGAAAUUACUUCCCGGAGAUAUCCAUCAGAUCCGAAAAGAGUUUCCGCAUUUAGUGGACAGGACCACAGCUGUGGCUCGAAAAACAGGGUUUCCGGAGAUAAUCAUGCCUGGUGAUGUUCGAAAUGAUAUCUAUGUAACAUUAGUUCAAGGAGAUUUUGAUAAAGGAAGCAAAACAACAGCAAAGAACGUGGAGGUCACGGUGUCUGUGUAUGAUGAAGAUGGGAAACGAUUAGAGCAUGUGAUUUUCCCGGGAGCUGGUGAUGAAGCGAUUUCAGAGUACAAAUCUGUGAUUUACUACCAAGUAAAGCAGCCACGCUGGUUUGAGACUGUUAAGGUGGCCAUUCCCAUAGAGGACGUUAACCGCAGUCACCUUCGGUUUACCUUCCGCCACAGGUCAUCACAGGACUCUAAGGAUAAAUCUGAGAAAAUAUUUGCACUAGCAUUUGUCAAGCUGAUGAGAUAUGAUGGUACCACCCUGCGAGACGGAGAGCAUGAUCUUAUCGUCUAUAAGGCCGAAGCCAAGAAGCUGGAAGACGCAGCCACGUACUUGAGUCUGCCCUCCACGAAGGCCGAGUUGGAAGAAAAGGGCCACUCGGCCACGGGCAAGAGUAUGCAGAGCCUUGGGAGCUGCACCAUUAGCAAGGACUCCUUCCAGAUCUCCACGCUCGUGUGCUCCACCAAACUGACCCAGAACGUGGACCUUCUGGGGCUCUUGAAGUGGCGCUCCAACACCAGCCUGCUGCAGCAGAACUUGAGGCAGCUGAUGAAGGUCGAUGGUGGUGAAGUAGUGAAGUUUCUUCAGGACACGUUGGAUGCCCUCUUCAACAUCAUGAUGGAGAAUUCGGAGAGUGAGACUUUUGACACAUUGGUCUUUGAUGCUCUGGUAUUUAUCAUUGGACUGAUUGCUGAUAGAAAAUUUCAGCAUUUUAAUCCUGUUUUGGAAACUUACAUUAAGAAACACUUUAGUGCAACUUUAGCCUACACGAAGCUGACAAAAGUGUUGAAGAACUACGUGGACGGUGCUGAGAAGCCGGGAGUAAACGAGCAGCUGUACAAAGCCAUGAAAGCGCUGGAGUCCAUCUUCAAGUUCAUCGUGCGCUCCAGGAUCCUGUUCAAUCAACUGUAUGAAAACAAGGGAGAGGCCGACUUUGUGGAAUCUUUGCUGCAGCUCUUCAGGUCCAUCAAUGACAUGAUGAGCAGCAUGUCAGACCAGACCGUCCGGGUGAAGGGGGCAGCACUGAAAUACCUACCAACGAUCGUCAACGAUGUGAAAUUGGUGUUUGAUCCCAAAGAGCUCAGCAAAAUGUUUACUGAAUUCAUCCUCAAUGUUCCCAUGGGCUUGCUGACCAUCCAGAAACUCUACUGCCUGAUUGAAAUCGUCCACAGUGACCUCUUCACACAGCAUGACUGCAGAGAGAUCCUGCUUCCCAUGAUGACCGAUCAGCUCAAGUACCAUCUGGAGAGACAGGAGGACCUGGAGGCCUGCUGUCAGCUGCUCAGCCACAUCCUGGAGGUGCUGUACAGGAAGGACGUGGGGCCGACUCAGAGACACGUCCAGAUUAUCAUGGAGAAACUUCUCCGGACCGUGAACCGAACCGUCAUUUCCAUGGGACGAGAUUCCGAACUCAUUGGAAACUUCGUGGCUUGCAUGACAGCUAUUUUACGACAAAUGGAGGAUUACCAUUAUGCCCACUUGAUCAAGACUUUUGGGAAAAUGAGGACUGAUGUGGUAGAUUUCCUAAUGGAAACAUUCAUCAUGUUUAAGAACCUCAUUGGAAAGAACGUUUACCCCUUCGACUGGGUGAUCAUGAACAUGGUGCAAAAUAAAGUCUUCCUGCGAGCAAUUAAUCAGUAUGCAGAUAUGCUGAACAAAAAAUUUCUGGAUCAAGCCAACUUUGAGCUACAGCUGUGGAACAACUACUUUCACCUGGCUGUUGCUUUCCUUACUCAAGAGUCCCUGCAACUGGAGAAUUUUUCAAGUGCCAAGAGAGCCAAAAUCCUUAACAAGUACGGAGAUAUGAGGAGACAGAUUGGCUUUGAAAUCAGAGACAUGUGGUACAACCUUGGUCAACACAAGAUAAAGUUCAUCCCAGAAAUGGUGGGCCCAAUAUUAGAAAUGACGUUAAUUCCCGAGACGGAGCUGCGCAAAGCCACCAUCCCCAUCUUCUUUGAUAUGAUGCAGUGUGAAUUCCAUUCGACCCGAAGCUUCCAAAUGUUUGAAAAUGAGAUCAUCACCAAGCUGGAUCAUGAAGUGGAAGGAGGCAGAGGAGACGAACAGUACAAAGUGUUAUUUGAUAAAAUCCUUCUGGAGCACUGCAGGAAGCAUAAAUACCUCGCCAAAACAGGAGAAACUUUUGUAAAACUCGUUGUGCGCUUAAUGGAAAGGCUUUUGGAUUAUAGAACCAUCAUGCACGACGAGAACAAAGAAAACCGCAUGAGCUGCACCGUCAAUGUGCUGAAUUUCUACAAAGAAAUUGAAAGAGAAGAAAUGUACAUAAGGUAUUUGUACAAGCUCUGUGACCUGCACAAGGAGUGUGAUAACUACACCGAGGCGGCCUACACCUUGCUUCUCCAUGCAAAGCUUCUUAAGUGGUCGGAGGAUGUGUGUGUGGCCCACCUCACCCAGCGGGACGGGUACCAGGCCACCACGCAGGGACAGCUGAAGGAGCAGCUCUACCAGGAAAUCAUCCACUACUUCGACAAAGGCAAGAUGUGGGAGGAGGCCAUUGCCUUGGGCAAGGAGCUAGCCGAGCAGUAUGAGAACGAAAUGUUUGAUUAUGAGCAACUCAGCGAAUUGCUGAAAAAACAGGCUCAGUUUUAUGAAAACAUCGUCAAAGUGAUCAGGCCCAAGCCUGACUAUUUUGCUGUUGGCUACUACGGACAAGGGUUCCCCACAUUCCUGCGGGGAAAAGUUUUCAUUUACCGAGGGAAAGAGUAUGAGCGCCGGGAAGAUUUUGAGGCUCGACUGUUAACUCAGUUUCCAAACGCCGAGAAAAUGAAGACAACAUCUCCACCAGGCGACGAUAUUAAAAACUCCCCUGGCCAGUAUAUUCAGUGCUUCACAGUGAAGCCCAAACUCGAUCUGCCUCCUAAGUUUCACAGGCCGGUGUCAGAGCAGAUUGUAAGUUUUUACAGGGUGAACGAGGUCCAGCGAUUUGAAUAUUCUCGGCCAAUCCGGAAAGGAGAGAAAAACCCAGACAAUGAAUUUGCGAAUAUGUGGAUCGAGAGAACCAUAUACACAACUGCAUAUAAAUUACCUGGAAUUUUAAGGUGGUUUGAGGUCAAGUCUGUUUUCAUGGUGGAAAUCAGCCCCCUGGAGAACGCCAUCGAGACCAUGCAGCUGACUAAUGACAAGAUCAACAGCAUGGUGCAGCAGCACCUGGAUGACCCCAGCCUGCCCAUCAACCCGCUCUCCAUGCUCCUGAACGGCAUCGUGGACCCAGCUGUCAUGGGGGGCUUCACCAACUACGAAAAGGCCUUCUUUACAGACCGGUACCUGCAGGAGCACCCUGAGGCCCAUGAAAAGAUCGAGAAGCUCAAGGAUCUGAUUGCCUGGCAGUGGUUUGUGAAGGUUGGUUACUACGUCCCAGACAGCUCCUCCUCAGCCCUGCUUGCUAACUCGGAAACAGAGGAUGGGCUGACCUGCUCCUCGCUGGGUGGAGGUUGCAGUCAGGAUGCACCCUGCGAGAGAGAGAGACAACACAUUCGACAUCCCGCCAAAAGUUGUCCCAGUCUGCCUGCGUCAUCCCCCAAGGCGGAACUCAGGAGGCAGAAGGCUGACAGUGAGCAUUUUCUACUGCUGGCCCUGAGUAAACUGCGGCUAGCCCCGGGGAAGCUGCCAUCUGCACAACCCUCAAGUCUGGACGAUAGAAGAGGCAGCCGCCCCCGGUCCAUGGUGCGGUCCUUCACGAUGCCUUCCUCAUCCCGGCCGCUGUCUGUGGCCUCUGUCUCUUCCCUCUCAUCGGACAGCACCCCUUCCAGGCCAGGCUCAGACGGGUUUGCUCUGGAGCCUCUCCUGCCAAAGAAAAUGCACUCCAGGUCCCAGGACAAGCUGGACAAGGAUGACCUGGAGAAGGAGAAGAAGGACAAGAAGAAGGAAAAAAGGAACAGCAAACAUCAAGAGAUAUUUGAGAAAGAAUUUAAACCCACCGACAUUUCCCUGCAGCAGUCGGAGGCUGUGAUCCUUUCGGAAACGAUAAGUCCUCUGCGGCCCCAGAGACCGAAGAGCCAGGUGAUCAACGUCAUUGGAAGCGAAAGGCGCUUCUCAGUGUCCCCCUCGUCACCGUCCUCCCAGCAAACACCUCCUCCGGUUACACCAAGGGCCAAGCUCAGCUUCAGCAUGCAGUCAAGCUUGGAGCUGAAUGGCAUGACGGGGGCGGACGUGGCGGAUGUCCCACCCCCUCUGCCUCUCAAAGGCAGCGUGGCAGAUUACGGGAAUUUGAUGGAAAACCAGGACUUGCUGGGCUCGCCAACACCUCCACCUCCACCUCCACACCAGAGGCAUCUGCCACCUCCACUGCCCAGCAAAACUCCGCCUCCUCCCCCUCCAAAGACAACUCGCAAGCAGACAUCGGUGGACUCCGGGAUCGUGCAGUGACGUCGCAAGGCUGUCUGGAAAGAGUGCGCUGCCCCUCCCCCGUCUCCAUGUCCUCUCCUUCCGUGUCCCCUGAGUCUGCUGUUUACCUCAUUGGGCCUGUGAUGUUAACAUUUCGUGCAAUUGCUUUUCCGUCAGAGGAGUUCAGUUCUCACCAUGGAGUGAGUGGCCUUUAGUGUCAUGGAGCAAGGUGGGUCAGGGAGGUGGGUAUGGGCCCGGGAUGUGCCAUUGUGGUUGUCAGAGUUGGGGGCCUCUGAGAGAAUCUGAGUCUUGCCCAAACAUUCUCUCUUUUUGUGCCAAAUGACUUGCAUUUGCAAAGAGCUCAGUUGCCCUGAGCUCAGUCAAGUAGGAGAGGCUAGGCCUUCACUCUUGGGAAGCGGUGUAGUGACGAUGUACAGGAAUCCUCCUCACUGCCAUGGGAUGUUUUAUCCAGCCCCUCCUUGUUCCGGCUGGUGGUGUGACUUCGUUGGUUGAGGUGUGUCUCCCGCCUGCAUCAGACAAUGAAGUUCAGCCCCUCCAGGGAAGCUCCUGAUUUCCCCUGGCAUAAUUUAAAAUAGGAUCUUUCUCAGCUACUGAACAGUUACUAAUUUAUGGGGUGGAAACAGCAUUAAAAAUACUGAAUCAAAUGGAAAAACAAGUGCAUAGAGGAAGACAAAUUUUCGUUCUUUUCUGAAAAAGAAUGUGUGCACCACAAGAGCUGGUUUUAAUUGGGGAAACUGUUUUUGUCCUCAUUCUGUACAGAAAUUUGUAUAUAUGACGGUUCUUAGAACUUGUUUUAAUUUUUGUGGUCCUUCUGUUUAUUAUAAUAGGCGUCCACAAAUGAUUCUCCAUAUGUGUUCUUAAUUUUUAACUGCCGCAAGUGUUAAACAAACACACACACACACACACACACACACACACAAAUUAAAUUUUUUUUUCAGAACUCCAAAGUCCUGAAAAUUUUGGUGGACAAUGAUUUUUAAAAAACUAACUUUGUAUAACCUAAUAUUUGUAUUCUCUCAUCUAUAUUUUUUUAUUCACUAUAAUCAUGAUACUCUUCUAAUAGACUCAAAAGUUAAUCAUUGACAAUGAAAAAUAAAAUGUUAUUUUAAAACAC